AUCUAAAACGCCCGUUUUUGGCGUUGGCGCCACUUCUAAUUAUAAUUUUAGGAUUUUCCCUCUCAAAUUUCAGCCUCUAAACUAUAGUCUGUGAAAAGUAAAGUUCUGAUAGAUUCAGUGGAGAAAUCAGAUGAGAUGGCUACAGGAUCAGUAGAGGAAUCGACGAGUGCGUUUGUGGAUGAUUACGAGACGUUGAUAUCUACCACCGAUGUGGAGUUGUUGAAGAGGGCGUGGCGUAAUGAGAAGGCUGCACCGGAGAUUCUUCAUUAUGAAGCUUCUUUGGUCCAGAGAAUCAAAGAGCAGAUCGAAUUGGCGGAACAAAAUGUGGAGAUAUUUGAAGCAGAUGGUGUAGAUCCUCUAACCGUGUCACUUUACCAGAUGGACCUGGAUAGGACUCAGUUUCUGUUGAGAUCAUAUCUCCGGGUUCGCCUCCAGAAGAUCGAGGAGUACUUGUUCCACAUUUUAAAAACCGAUGACUCUCUUAACCGGCUUUCCAAGCAAGAACAAAUGUUUGCUCGGAGGUGCACUGAUGAUCUGGGAAAGCAUCUUGACCAGACUGUUCUGUCAAAAUUGCCUGAUAAUUACCAAUCCAUACUUAAACAAUCCAUAACAAGUGAAGAGGACGAUAUGGUCCCUGCACCACGGCUGGACACGUUUGUUAUCUGCAAAGCUAAGCAGUAUCUCUCCAGCAUGGACAUUGAGCCUGAGUACAGUACGGAAAUUACAGAGAUGGAACGAGAUUUACUUACCUUUGUAUGUUACAAGUUCAUAAAGAAGCCUUUAGAGCAGGGGAAAAUAGAUUUGGUCUAGGCAUCCAGCCAAGUAGUACUAGAAAUGCUUAUCACAGGAUAAUAAGUUACUGAUGGCAGAAUGUUAUGAUAUGGAGAAAUGUCUGCAAUUCAGUAUUUUGUAGCAAAUUGGUUGUGCCCAAGAUGUUGUCAGUUGUUUUUUAUAUGAAUCUAGUGAAAAAUGUCAUAGAUUAUUGAUUUUUGACUUGGAAGGGGAAACUAUUGAGAAUAUUUUUUUGGGGUAAAAAUUCCAGCAAUUGCUGAUGGCCGUUUCCACACACAA